UAACAUUAGUUAAUGCACUGUGAACUACUGUAAACGUACUGUUCAUUGUUAGUUCAUGUUAGUUAAUACAUUAACUAAUGGUAAGAAAUUACCUUAUUGUAAAGUGUUACCAGUAAAUGUAGCAGAGUUAUCUUCACAAUCUUUUUCAUGCAUACGUCAGUAGGCAACAAUUAUUUAUAAAUAUAAUGACAACUGUACAUGUGUUAUUGUUUUCUAAUAGUAAAGCAAAUCAGGCAACAUAACCUUAACAAAAUUGUCUCUUGUGUAUGUGGUAGUUUGAUUUUAUUUAUUUUUUUUGUGAAGAUUAUGCUGUGUUGUGCGUGUAUCUCCGUCUUUGGUGAAAUAUAACUCUUUCAAACUCUUUCAUAAGUCUGUUAUUCAAAUUUCAAUUGUAAUUUUUUUUUAGCUUCAAGGAGAUGACAGUUAUUUUGUUGCCCUCGACAUCUCGAUGGCCAUUGAGUACAUCAAUUCCAAAAAUGUCAUCCAUCAAGAUUUAAAGCCACCCAAUAUUUUGAUCGACCAGUUCUCAAAAAAGGCUGUACUGACAGACUGGGGCCUUGCCAACAUCAGAGACAAGGUUUUACUACGACAAGGAAGCAGACUUGCUGGAGGAGGAAUAGGGCCAAUGGGUGGAACCUUUCUUUAUAUGGCCCCAGAGUGUCUGGUUGAAUUUGAACAGGCUUCCAGAAGUUCUGACAUCUGGUCUCUGGGAGCAACAUACCUGGAGAUUUUCACGAAAUCAGUGCCAUGGACAGAGAAAAACCAAAGAGAGUUGUGCAGUCUAAUGGCCAAAAAGGUGCCACCACAUGCUUUACAACAUCUGAGCGACAAGUACCAGUUUAUUGGUACAAUGUUACACUAUGAUGUAGCAUCAAGACCUGAAGCUUCCUCUGCGGUGCUGUCCCUAAAAACAGUGGAGGGGCCAGAUUUAAAGAGCCGUUAUGGUUACGAAUGGUAAAUGUUACAGAUUAUCACAUAGACUGUGCAAGUUGUCAUUUCAGUUUGUAGUACAAAAACCAAUGUUGGUAAAAUGUUAACAUUAUAAUCACAGCCGUUCUCUCUCUCUGUCUAACACU